AUGACGCCAGUAUUGAAUGACAACGAAGCAAUGGCUGAUGUGCUAGGAAACAACGAGAAGAAUAUCUAUGUCUAUGCUCAAAGGACAGCCGUCCUUGAUGAUUCAGAUCCUGCGACCGACCCCAACACAGAGUCCUACAACAAGUCUAAGGCAGCUCGGCGACUACUCUUCAAGUGCGACACCCGCUUGAUUCCGAUCCUGGGAUGCCUUUACCUUGUAUCCUUCUUGGAUCGCUCGAACAUCGCUAACGCGCGAUUGUUCGGGCUCGAGACGUCGCUCCAUAUGCCAGCGACGGGGUUUAACACUUGCCUGUGGAUAUUUUACCUGCCUUUCGUGAUCGUCGAGAUCCCGAGCAAUUUGUUUAUGAGCUUAAAUAAGAUCAAGCCGAAUCAGUGGCUUGCGGGAGCAAUGUUGAUACUCGGCGUUGUAUCGAUGUGUCAGGGACUCACAAGAAGCUACGGUGGUCUGCUUACUUGUAGAUUCAUCAUGGGCACUAUGGAAGCUGGGUUGCCACCAGGGGCUGCUCUUUUGAUUGGGCAAUACUACAGACGCAGCGAGUUUAACAUUCGCUUCUCAUACUUUAUUUGCUUUGCUCUGCUCGGAAGCGCUUUCAGUGGCCUUCUCGCAUAUGCCAUUCAGCACAUGGACGGAGUGCGUGGCUAUGAGGCUUGGCGCUGGAUUUUCAUCAUCGAGGGCCUUUUUACCAUUGUUUUCGCAUUCGCCUCUUGGUUUAUCAUUCCAGCCUUCCCGCAAGAUGCUACAUUUCUCAGUGCAGAUGAACGAAGCCUACUCCUCGCCCGCCUGUACGACGAUCGUGGUGAGGAGAGGGUUGACUUCAAUGGAAUCAAUUGGCUGAAAGUGCUCACCGACUGGAAAAUCUGGUCUUUUACCCUCAUUUACUUUUGUGCCGACAUGGGCGCUGCUUCCAUCUCGUCCUUUACCCCAACUAUCCUUGCUCAGCUCGGCUGGAGCGCCUCGCGAGCUCAGGUCAUGAGUAUCCCCGUCUGGAUGGUCGGUAUUGUUGUCACUCUGUCGACUUCUUAUGCCUCUGGAAAACUAUCUCUCCGCUGGCCAUUCGUGCUUGUCGGAGCAAUUUUCGCCCUUAUUGGCUGGUGUAUCCAAUACGCCCAGGUCCAGCCACCCGCCGUCCGUUACUUUGCGCUGUACAUUCUUGCUUUCGGCUCCUUCAUGCAGUUCCCAAUUUUAAUCGGUUGGCUCAACAGCAACCUACGCGGGCGCCCUCAGCAGGCCAUUGCGAGCGCUGUUCAGCUGGGUAUGGGCAACUGCGCGAAUUUCGUGGCGAGCAAUGUGUUUAUCUCGAAGCAGGCACCCAAAUACCCUACAGGAUUUGCCACGGGUGUUGGAUUCGCGGCGCUAGCCGUUGUGAGUAUCAUUUUGGUAGUAGGGGCAUUGGCUUGGCAUAAUAGACGGGUUGUUCGAGAGAAUCAGAGUGGUAAUACUAAGGCCAUAGAGUAUGUGCUAUAG